AUGCACGAAAUGCAACCGGUUGUCAACCGCAUCAGACCAGCAGACAUUGUCCCAAUGUUUCCACUUCAGCCAAUUCGAGCCCUGUGGACUGUCGAGGUGGAGGUUCCGGUGCAGGUUAUACAGGAACGUGUGAUUCAGCAACUGCAAAUUGAGAUUCGCGAGGUUCAGGUCGAGGUGCCAGUCGAGCGUAUCGUCGAGGUGCCAGUCGAGCGAAUUGUGGAAGCCAACACCCCACCAGUUAUCGUCAAAUUAUACGAAUCGCCUAUCCAGAUGGCUUGCUCAGAGACUCACCAUUUCGAAGUCAGAACAACCACGAUACCCGGGUAA